ACUGAACGUGGGAGUGUCCUUGGAGAGAGACAAUCACGUUCUCACACCAAGCACAAGGAAACUGUUGGAGUCGCACUUUCGUCUCGACAAAUCUCGUUGAAUUGCCGAGCUCUGCCGAAAGAAACCAAAAUCGCAACCAUGACCAAAGGAUGCACAACCGUCACCAAGUACUUUCUCUUCCUCUUCAACCUCAUCUUCUUUGUCUUUGGAGCAUUGAUCAUGGGCUUUGGACUGUGGGUUCUCUUUGAUAACCAGAGCUUCAUUGCUGUUCUACAGGAAUCAUCAGACUCUGUGAAAGUGGCUUCCCAUAUUCUCAUCGGAGUGGGUUCCUUGUCAAUGGCCAUGGGCUUCUUUGGCUGCAUCGGAGCUAUCUACGAAAUUCGUUGCCUCCUUGGUCUGUACUUCACGUGCCUUCUGCUUAUUCUUAUUGCCCAAGUGACUGCUGGGGUUCUCAUCUACUUCCAAAGAGAUCCGUUAAAAAGUGAAAUGUCCACCAUCAUCAAGGGCAUGAUCGUCCAGUAUACCGGACAGAACAAAACCUCAGAACACACUUGGGACUAUAUCCAGAGAACGAUGAAGUGCUGUGGGUGGACGGGGCCUAUCAACUGGUCUGACAACAUGCUGAUCAAGAACAGCUCCCAGAACCUCUAUUCCUGUUCCUGUCGUAACGAAUCCUUGCCUGGCACCGACAUCAAGGUGGUGGGCCUGUGCGAGCACCUCUCAUCGGAACUUCCAGUCUACCAAACGGGUUGCAUGACCAGUGUGGAGAAAUGGCUCCUAGAGAAUUGUGGAGUAAUUCUGGGAAUAUGUGUCGGAGUGGCAGUCGUGGAGCUUCUUGGCAUGAUCCUCUCCAUGUGUCUGUGCAAGAGUAUCGUUCAGCAGGAUUAUACCAAAGUGUCUAAGUACUGAUCAACACAUACAGUGCCUACAUACAUGCAUGGACUUUCCUUUACUCCCUAAAUGAGACCGAUGCACGCACACAGAGAUGAAGGCAGCUGACCCAUGUUUGAACCUCCAGGUCAUGCUUUUCACUCAAAACACCAUACAAUUGGCAGUUGGUGGCCAUAAAUCACAAGUCAUUAUUGUUGUAUUACUGUUAUUAUAUGUUGUAUGUUUAAAUGACACUUUGUCAGACCUUUUACUGGGUCAGUUGUUACCCGUUUGAAAGGAUGCUACAGCAUCAAUACUAUUCUUUAUUUUCUUUAGCGGUUCCUUUUUAUUGACCACAAUGAAGCGCUUAUACUAGAGAGAAAUUGACAGGGAGCACUUUACUAAGACAGGAUGAUGUCGAGAUACCUGAAGUGAGUGCGAGAUGAGAAGGUAUGAGUGGGCUUGUGUGGAAUUGAUCUCGUUCUGUGAUCCUGUGGCUUCUGUUCCUGCUAGUGGAGGAGAAAAAAAGGUUUUGGCCACCCUCACCACUCCUCCAACCUUGUUCUUGCUUAACAUCACACAAUCAGCCAUCCUCUUGGUAACCCAGAGCUCUAUUUAUGGAAUUGCCGAGGGAGAAAAAAAUUCCCACUGAUAUAUACACACACACAUUUAAGAAGUCCGGGUAAUCCAUUGCAUUUAGUGAACUAACAUGAGACUACAGUUUUUGACAAUCUCAUGUUUGCCCCACUACCACAUCCACCACACACACAAUGACACAAGUGGAAAAGUCAAUUCAUCUUGUGUUGAUUCCAAGUAUUGCUUUAUUCUAAAUGUUGCUCUUCUUUAUGUUGCUCCAUUUCAGAUAUGUUCUUGUUUCAUUGGCCAAUUUGUAACAUUAAUUUAACUUAAUAUGAUGAAGGCUUUUUACUGUUUUGUUUUUUGCGCUUUGGGGAAAAAAGGAACAAUGGUUCCAACUAAUGGAUGUGGAUUUAUAAGUCAUGUUUGAAAAAUGUUUUUGUAUUUUUGUAACAAAAACAAUAGAAUAAAUGGACUUCACAAA